AUGACGAGCACUAAUAAUUUAUGUAAAAGUAAUUCUGAGAGCGGUCUAUUCGAGGAAAACUCUUGCGGGAGUUCAAGUUCUGUAGAAUAUGAAGGAAUGAAGUAUAGGUGGGAGCAAUUUAGAAACACGACUGAAAGUAAUGAUAAUUUUGCGGAAGAAUUUAUAAACGAAGCAGAAUCUGAAAAACCGUCUCAAGAACCUAAUAUUGAGAGUAAUGAUGAUAACGUAUCAGAAGAUAAAAUGUGUCGUAUAUGUUUUGCUGGAGCCGAAGAAGAAAGUAGUCUUGGUCGUCUAAUUUCGCCGUGUCUAUGUAAAGGAACUAUGAGGUAUGUUCAUGUGGAAUGUUUAAAUCAAUGGAGAUUAAGAAGUCAAAAAAAAUCCAGUUUUUUUCAGUGUGAUGAGUGUAAAUACAAAUAUGCGUUCCGAAGAACAACAAUAGCUAAAUUUGCUACUAAUGAAUGUUUUCUUGCAAAAUUUCUCCUUUAUCUUUAUCCUAUCUCGGGCGAUUUCGAAGAUGAUAAUGAUAUUGAAGAAGAUGAAGAGCCAUUAUUUAAAGAACCUAUAACAAUAGCAACAAUAUUUACUAUUGACUAUCUUCAUGUCACGUUAGGGUUUAUGCUUGUGGGUAUUAUAGGAUUUAUACAAUUAUUAUUUUCUAUAAUGUGGUUUGGUCCAAUUCCUUCAUGGAAUACGUUUAGGUUCGGACCAACCGGAGGUAGUGUUGGAAGAGGACGAAAUGAUGGACUAGCGGGUAUUUUUAUAGGUGUUAUUGUAGUAGUAGGCGUUCUUAAAGCUGUAUGGGGAAUGUAUAAAUUGGUUAGAGGAGCAAGUAGAAAAUUAUUGGAAAGAGUCGAAUUAACAAUUCUUGAAGUGAACGAAUCGUAA